AUGACCUCCCGAGCACCAACAUCGUCGCCGGCCCCGCCGAUUAUCUUUGUCGGCAAGAUCAGCUACGCCUUGUACCUCUGGCACUGGCCGCUCCUCGUCUUUGCCAAAGCCCGCUACUCGGACGAUGCGUACCGUCCGUUCUACAUGCAGCCGUAUGUUCUAGUGUUGCUUGCGUUUGGUCUGAGCGUCGCGACCACGUUCGGUAUCGAGAACGUCGUGCGCCGACACCCGUCGCCUCGCAUUGUACCGCUGCUCGCACUCGGUAUGGCUCUCAUGGCUGUCCUCGGGCUUGUCGUGUCCUUGCACCCAGCCUUCUUUUCGGGCCCAGCCCGCCUCGCUGCAACAGCACCGCCCAACAUUAGUCGCAUGCCACGGCGUGAGCCCCCGACGGUCGCCAAGCUCCUCGCCGCUGACAGCGACUGGGCCCCCAAUGACGGCUAUAUCCCGCUACCGCCAGGAUCGCCGUUUGGCCAGUAUGACUAUGGCUGGGUGCUCAACCCAGGCGAUGACGACAACCUCGUCAUGGUUCUCGGGGACUCGCACGCCGAGAUGCUUCGUCCGCGCUUCAAGUUUCUUUACGACCAAGCGCGGCGCGUGGGAAAGCCGUUUCCGACGGUGGUGUUUUUGGCGCUGGGUGGCCACCCGCCGCUGGACUGCGUCGGCGACCACGCUGGUCAUGUGGCGAUCGUGACCCGUCUCCGGCCCAAGGCACUGCUCUACUCGAGCGACUGGCCGCAGUUCUUUCGUCCGACUGGCGAGGCGCCGCACGACCCCUCGCUCGUGCAGCCAUUUGCCAGCGUGUAG